AUGCAGGCGGCGGCUGCGUCCGUGCCCUUCUUGCUGCUCUGCGCCCUGGGGACCUGCCCCCCGGCGCGCUGCGGCCGGGCAGGAGACGCCUUGUUGACGGAGCUGGAGAGGAGGAACGAAAACCGCUUCCUGGAGCGCCAGAGCAUCGUGCCACUCCGGCUCCUCUACCGCUCCGGCGGCGAAGACGAAACUGGACACGACGCGCUCGACACGCGAGUGCGGGGCCACCACGGCGCCGGGCAGUUGACUCAUGUUGAUCAGGCGAGCUUCCAGGUUGAUGCCUUUGGAACAUCCUUCAUUCUUGACGUCGUGCUAAACCAUGAUUUGCUGUCCUCUGAAUACGUAGAGAGACAUGUUGAACAUGGAGGGAAGACAGUGGAAGUCAAAGGAGGAGAACACUGCUACUACCAGGGCCACAUCCGAGGAAACCCCGCCUCCUUUGUUGCAUUGUCCACAUGCCAUGGGCUUCAUGGGAUGUUCUAUGAUGGGAACCACACCUAUCUCAUUGAACCGGAAGAAAAUGACACCUCCCAAGAGGACUUCCAUUUUCAUUCGGUUUACAAGUCCAGACUGUUUGAAUUUCCCUUGGAUGAUCUUCCAUCUGAAUUUCAACAAGUACACAUCACUCCACCAAAAUUUAUUUUGAAGCCAAGACCAAAAAGAAGUAAACGGCAGCUUCGUCGACAUCCUCGUAAUGUGGAGGAGGAAACCAAAUAUAUUGAGCUGAUGAUUGUCAACGAUCAUCUGAUGUUUAAAAAACAUCGGCUUUCAGUUGUACAUACUAAUACAUAUGCGAAAUCUGUGGUGAACAUGGCGGAUUUAAUAUAUAAAGAUCAACUGAAGACAAGGAUAGUAUUGGUUGCCAUGGAAACCUGGGCAGCGGACAAUAAGUUUGCCAUAUCUGAAAAUCCACUGAUUACCCUACGUGAAUUUAUGAAAUACAGGAGGGAUUUUAUCAAAGAGAAGAGUGAUGCAGUUCACCUUUUUUCGGGAAGUCAAUUUGAGAGUAGCCGGAGCGGGGCGGCUUAUAUUGGUGGGAUUUGCUCGUUGCUGAAAGGAGGAGGCGUGAAUGAAUUUGGGAAAACUGAUUUAAUGGCCGUUACACUCGCCCAGUCAUUAGCCCAUAAUAUUGGUAUUAUCUCAGACAAAAGAAAGUUGGCAAGUGGUGAGUGUAAAUGUGAGGACACGUGGUCCGGAUGCAUAAUGGGAGACACUGGGUAUUAUCUUCCUAAAAAGUUCACCCAGUGUAAUAUUGAAGAGUAUCAUGACUUUCUGAAUAGUGGAGGUGGUGCCUGCCUUUUCAACAAACCUUCUAAGCUUCUCGAUCCUCCUGAGUGUGGCAAUGGCUUCAUUGAAACCGGAGAGGAGUGUGACUGUGGGACCCCAGCAGAGUGUGUCCUUGAAGGAGCAGAGUGUUGUAAGAAAUGCACCUUGACUCAGGACUCUCAAUGCAGUGAUGGUCUUUGUUGUAAAAAGUGCAAGUUUCAGCCCAUGGGGACCGUGUGCCGAGAAGCAGUAAAUGAUUGCGAUAUUCGUGAAACGUGCUCAGGAAAUUCAAGCCAGUGUGCCCCAAAUAUUCAUAAAAUGGAUGGAUAUUCAUGUGAUGGUAUUCAGGGGAUUUGCUUUGGAGGAAGAUGUAAAACCAGGGAUAGGCAAUGCAAAUACAUCUGGGGGCAAAAGGUGAUGGCAUCGGACAAAUACUGCUAUGAGAAACUGAAUAUUGAAGGGACGGAGAAGGGUAACUGUGGGAAAGACAAAGACACGUGGAUACAAUGCAACAAACGGGAUGUGCUUUGUGGUUACCUUUUGUGCACCAACAUUGGUAAUAUCCCCAGGCUUGGAGAACUUGAUGGUGAAAUCACAUCUACUUUGGUUGUACAGCAGGGAAAGACGUUAAACUGCAGUGGUGGGCAUGUGAAGCUCGAAGAAGAUGUAGAUCUUGGCUAUGUGGAAGAUGGGACACCUUGUGGUCCCCAAAUGAUGUGCUUAGAACACAGGUGUCUUCCUGUGGCUUCUUUCAACUUUAGUACUUGCUUAAGCAAUAAAGAAGGCGCUGUUUGUUCAGGAAACGGAGUUUGCAGUAAUGAACUGAAGUGUGUUUGUAACAGACACUGGAUUGGUGCCGACUGCAGCACGUACUUCCCUCACAAUGAUGACACAAAGACUGGCAUAACUCUGUCUGGCAAUGGUGUUGCUGGUACCAAUAUCAUAAUAGGCAUAAUUGCUGGUACCAUCUUAGUGCUGGCCCUCAUAUUAGGAAUAACUGCAUGGGGUUAUAAAAAUUAUCGAGAACAGAGACAGUUACCCCAGGGAGAUUAUGUAAAAAAGCCUGGAGAUGGUGACUCUUUUUAUAGCGACAUUGCUCCCGGAGUCAGCACAAACUCAGCAUCUAGUUCUAAGAAGAGGUCAAAUGGGCUUUCUCAUUCUUGGAGUGAAAGGAUUCCGGACACAAAACAUAUUUCAGACAUCUGUGAAAACGGACGACCUCGAAGUAAUUCUUGGCAAGGUAACCUGGGAGGCAACAGAAAGAAAAUCAGAGGCAAAAGAUUUAGACCUCGGUCUAACUCAACUGAGAGGGAGCCCCAAGCACCUGAGCCUGGGCACUCCCUCGCCCAGACAGUCCCAUCCCAAGGUAUAAGCCUCGGGGGCUCUGACAGCCCCCAGACAGGGAGUCUGGAUCACAGGUAUUUAAACCCAUGGUUCAAAAGAGACUAUAAUGUAGCUAAGUGGGUAGAAGAUGUGAAUAAAAACACUGAAGGACCAUACUUUAGCUCUCAAGAUGGCCAACGUCAGGAAGACAGGACUCUGUCUCCUGCCAAGUCUCCGUCUUCAUCAACUGGGUCCAUUGCCUCCAGCAGAAAAUACCCAUACCCAAUGCCUCCACUUCCUGAUGAAGAGAAGAAAGUGAACCGACAAAGUGCCAGGCUAUGGGAGACCUCCAUUUAAGAUCCACUGUUUACAUGCGAUACAUCAAAACUGUUUACUUCAACUUUUAUAGAAACCCAGCCUCACGGAAUCACUGCAAAUCUAUCUGCUCUUCAGACAAUACAAAGACCCUCUGAGAUGCCCCAGAGGAGAGGAAGCCGAGUCUCACAUCAGGAGACCAUUUUCUUUUUGUCAUUGGCUUAGGACUAAGUGAACCAUGAGAAGAACUACUGAAAUGUUACACUAUAACAUGGGAACAAUAAAGGUACUGGUAUGCUCCUGGAUAA